AUGGAGCCGGCCGCGCUGGGCCGCCUGCGGCGCCUCCUGCCCGCCGCCCCCCGGGCCCCGCGGCUCGGCCGCGCCCUGGCGCCGUCCCGCGGCGGGCAGACGGGCGGCGGCGGCGGCGGAGCUCCGCGGGCGCGCCGCGACCUGUACGAGGUGCUGGGGGUCCCGGCCACGGCGACGGCGGCGCAGAUCAAGACGGCGUACUACGAGCAGUCGUUCCGCUACCACCCCGACCGCAACGCCGGCAGCGCUGCCGCCGCCGCCCGCUUCGCCGCCGUUAGCGAGGCCUACCGGGUGCUGGGCAGCGCUGCCCUACGCCGUAAGUACGACCGCGGCCUCCUCAGCGCCGAGGACCUGCGCGGCGCCCCGCCGCCCCCGCCCCGGCCCCGUGCCCCGGCCCCGCCGCCGGCCCGGCCCCCCGCCACCGCCCGCCGUUGGCCCGUUCCCCCGCCCUUCGACUUCGACGCCUUCUACCGAGCGCACUACGGGCAGCAGCUGGAGCGGGAGCAGGUGCUGCGGGCGCAGCGGGAGAAGCUGCGCCUCCUCCGGGAGGAGGCAGCGGCCCAGGGACGCUUCCGGCUCCUCUCCGACCUCUCCGUUGCAUUCCUCCUCGUGCUGGGUUUUGCUGUCCUCUACGGCCUCAAGUGACAGCAGGGCCGGGCAGCCACCAGGGCUCCCACCCAGCUCCACCGCUGUGGUGGGACAGUCAUCGGUGGGCACGGCAGCUGGCUGCGGGGCGUCCCCUGUGCCCGUGCAGCUGGCAGGCACUGUAUGCAGGGUUUGCUCCUCAGGCUGCCGUAGUUCCCUUCUGCUGGUGUGACCUUCAGCCACAGUACGUGAGCAGCAGGCUCCGUGUGCAGGCUCUGCUCUGUGGGCUGUGACCUGACCCCUCUGCCAGCAUGGCCAUCAAACAUGGAGUGCAACUGACAGGCAUGGCUGCAGUGUGCCCCAGCUGCCAGUGUGACCUUGCAGAUGUGGUGUAGAGGCUCAACGGGCUGCAGUGUGCCCCCUCUGCCGGUUUGACCUGCAGACACGGUGCCUGACAGGUAAAUGCAGUUCAUGGACUCUGCUUUGUGGACUGUGACGCGUACCUUCCGUUCGUGCUGCUGUUUGACCUUGGUGGGAUCCACGUGCCUGUUCUAAGCCACAGCAGAGAUUAAAUGGCUAUCGGUGG